AUGGUCCGAAUCAAAGAGCGUUACCUGCUCGUGAACAUCCUCUACCCGAGCGAUCUCGGCACCAAGCCCAAUCUGCCGGACCUUGUCGUCCUCAACCCGCCAACGAGCGACAGCCUCAACCCGCAAACCCUUCUCCGGGCCUUGCGCGCUCAGAUAGCCAGUCUGUUUGGCGAUUACGGCUCUGGCGCAUGUGCGGGUGGCGGUCUCAUGGUAAAAUACCUGUCCCAAGCGACCUCGACGUUCAUAUUGCGCAUUUCGAGAGCUCAUUUUCGACUCGUUUGGGCAGCGUUGACUACGAUGGACCGAGUUCCCGUGAAAGACGGCAAGCCGUGCACAUUUCGCGUCGUGCAUGUCAGCGGGACCAUCCGCAAGGCCGAGGAAGAGGCCAUCCGUCGUGCUCGAGAUAUGAUGCUGGCGGUCAAAGAUCAGAAAGCAGUGAAGGGCAAUCCGGCGUUGGAG